AUGACCCCAUCGAUUCCGCUGCAUCUUUCAGACGAAGACGACUCGGACUCGAACAAGAGGAUUAUUGAUAUGUUGCAGAGUGUGGUCGAUGGCACUGAGAAUCCUAUAUCUGGGGCAAGGAUAAUCCAUGACGUUGUCGUUAAUGAGUGCCGCCAGGCCUACAUUUCCUAUACUUCGACUUCAAGCCUAGAAGCGGGGCAAAUGGAAGGCGGAGUUUAUUCAGGGCCAGACGGAUGGAUGAAGUUCCUAUGGAAUUGCAUAGGGAAAGCCGCCAUAAGGAUACCGGCUAGUCACGAGGGUCAAGACAGGCUAGUCUCUCUGCUUAGGGAGCUACAUCAGCUUCCGAAGACGAGCGUCCCCCGGGUUCUCUCUGGAGAAGUAACUGAGAAAGUACUCUGGGAUCUCACAAAAGAGACUGGAUACGAGAAUCUUGUCUAG